AUGGCUGAACGUGAAAAUUGUGAUAUAGGGGAAUAUGUAGUCAAUAACGAUGGGCUUCUCGCUUUGUUGCCGACCAACGCACUUAAUAUUUUGCCUAAGAAAAGUGAAUCAACAAUGGCCAUUAAAAAAUGUGUUACUGAUUCUUAUAAUUCCAAAUCAACUUUAAUACCGACCAACGAACUCAAUAUUUUACCAGUUGAUAUUUUGGCCAAGGAAAGUGAAGCAACAAUGACCAUUGAAGAAUGUGUUACUGAUUCAGAUAAUUCCAAAUCAACUUUAAUACCGACCAACGAACUCAAUAUUUUACCAGUUGAUAUUUUGGCCAGGGAAAGUGAAGCAACAAAAACCAAUGAAGAAUGUGUUGCUGCAUCUGAAAACACCAAAUCCAUUUUAAUACCGACCAACGAAUCCAAUAUUUUACCAUUUGAUAUUUUGGCCAAGGAAAGUGAAGCAACAAAAACCAAUGAAGAAUGUGUUGGAGUUUCUGGAAACACCAAAUCCAUUUUAAUACCGACCAACGAAUCCAAGAUAAAGAUAUUAAAAGUUGAUAUUUUACAUAAAGGAACUAGCAAUGAAGAAUUCAUUUCUGCAGCUAAAAACCAUGAAUUAAACCUUACAAAUAAAACCAGCAUCUCUGCAUUUGACAAACACUUAACAUAUCCAAAACCACUACUUAAGUCAAAAAGACCGAAAUCAGGACCAACAAGUGCAAUUUCAGCUAAGGCGUGGAGAACAUAUUACAGUGACAAAGAAAAGGAAAAGGAGGCCCAAGAGAAAAUUAAAGAAAAAAAACGAGAAUUAGCUAAAAGAAAUUCGGGUGCCGGGGAGGAGGGCACUAUGUCGAGAUCUCCGACCCCCAUGGAGAGCGACCGCUCGAGUGGCAGCGAAGCCGGCGACAGCAGGCCUAGCACCCCCGGGUCGGUCGUGGAGACAACUAGCCGUGAGAGUGAGCUGGCAGCAGAGAAUGCCAGACUACGGCAAAUGAUCGACGACCUCAGAGAUGAGCUGAGGCAACAGAGGAAGGCGUUCGACGACCUUGAAAAGAGGUCUCGAGAACAGCACGCCGAGCUGUUAAACGCCCUCAAGGGACAACAGACCUCAAAAGGGGUAAAGCGAGGUAAGCCAGGGACCUCGUCGGGUUCCGAGGAGGAGCCCUGCAAGGCUAAAAAGAAGCCAGCUAAAGAGAACGAAGCACCUGUCCCCGAACAGGCGAAGGUCCCAGCGACGGCAUCAGAGCGCGCGGCCCCUGCCGAGAAAGCCGAGAGGAUACCGCCUGUCAUCCUUCGCAAGAAGGAGCAGUGGACUGAGGUCAGCAGGAGUCUGACCAACAGAAAAAUAAAUUACACCAGGGCCAGGUUAACGGGUGAAGGCAUCGCCAUUCACCCGCAAACGCCUGAUGAUUAUCGACGCCUAACGCGUGUCCUCGCCGAUGAGGGGAAGGAAUUUCACACCUUCUCGCUCCCAAGCGAGCGGCUGCUAAGGGCCGUGAUAAGAGGGCUACCAGACGGAAUUUCCAACGAGGAAAUCCGGUCCGACCUAGAAGAACAGGGCUUUAAAAUAGCAUCUGUCUUCAGAAUGAAGAGCCGGAGGAACAAGGCCCCCAUGCCUCUAGUACUCGUACAAGUCCCCCAGGAGCAAGACGACCUGCUCAAGGUGACAAGAUGCUGCCACCUAGUCGUCAGGGUGGAACCGCAGAGGGCGAGAACCGAGCCGACGCAGUGCCAUCGCUGCCAACGCUUCGGUCACGCGCAGAGCCGGUGCACCGCAGCUGUCAAGUGCGUGAAGUGCGGCGAGGGUCACCACUCGGCAGACUGCACCAAAAAACGUGAGACACCAGCAAGGUGCGCCAAUUGCGGUGGCGAACAUCCUGCCAGCUACCGCGGAUGCCCAAGCUUCCCUAAAAAGACGACAGGGAAGCAGCAACAGCGCAAAGAAGACCCCCAAGCCGACAAACAACAGGCCAAGUCGGCACACCCCCCGAAGGUGACGGCGGCGAAAAGCUUCGCCGACGCCGCCAGGCCGAAGCAGGCCCCUGCCGCUGCACACAAGGGGGGCCCCAAAACCGACAGGGGUGCGGAACCCGCAAAUGUGGCCAGCAUGCUGGCACAGAUGCGGGAGAUGUACUCCGCGAUGUCGGCUUUUUUCAGCAAAAUGCCAUCCCUAUUACAAGAGUAA